AUGGAGGUUCCAGAACCUGCUUGCCCUGCACCUCCUGCCAGGGAACAGCCACCUCCCACUCCUGGCCACCCUGGGGCCCCUGGUGGCCAGGCCUCAUCUCGCCUGACCCUGGGCCCUGUCAUCCUGCCUCCGGAGCAAGGCCUGGCCCCCGCCGUGUUCCUGAAGGCCCUGCCCAUCCCACUGUACCACACCAUGCCUCCUGGGGGCCUCCAGCCCCGCGCCCCCGUAGUGACAGGCAGCCUGGACCGAGGCAGUGUGCCCUUCAUCCUUGGCCCCCUACUGCGGCCUGAAGGGCCUGGCCCUGCCCAGGUGGGGAAGCCAGCGGCCCCAGCGCUGACGGUGAACAUCGUGGGCGCUCUGCCCGUCCUGUCUCCGGGCCUGGGACCCCCGCUGGGCAGCCCGGGCAAGCUGCGGAAUGCCGGCAAGCACCUGUGCCCGCACUGUGGCAGGGACUGCCUCAAGCCCAGCGUUUUGGAGAAGCACAUCCGGUCCCACACCGGGGAGAGGCCCUUCCCGUGUGCCACCUGUGGCAUCGCCUUCAAGACCCAGAGCAAUCUGUACAAGCACAGGAGAACACAGACACACCUCAACAACUCCCGGCUGUCCUCGGAGUCCGAGGGGGGCGGGGGCGGCCUCCUGGAAGAGGGGGACAAGGCUGGAGAGACCACCAGACCAGAGGGCAGCGGGGAAAGCCGAAGUCAGAGGCUAGAUGAGAGCGCAUCUGAGGGGCCUCUUUCUCCGGGCGCUGGAGUGUUCCUUGUUGCCAAGAACCUAGAUGUGAAGACAGACGCUGCUCCCUGCCCGGGGUCUGCAUCUGCCAACCGAGAGACUCCCGGGGACUCUGCCCUCACUGUGCCCCCCGGGCUCCCUGUGGCCGGCUCCCAACCCUGGCGGAAGCUGCUCGAACAGAAGUCUCCUGCGGGCGGAAAGCCCAGCCUGCUGCAGCGCCAGCAGGCCACGUCGUCCGAGAAGCCCUGGGAAGCCAAGGCGGCCGAGGGCCGGCUGAGGAAGUGUGAGAGCACCGACUCGGGGUACCUGUCUCGCUCCGACAGCGCCGAGCAGCCGCCGGCACCCCCCAGCCCCCUGCACAGCCUGUCGGAGCACAGCGCCGAGUCGGAGGGUGAGGUGGGCCCGGCGCUGGGGAGCGCGCGGCCGGCCGGGCUGGAGCUGGAGAAGAGGCGUCUGGAGGAGCGCAUCGCCCGGCUCAUCUCCCACAACCAGGCGGUGGUGGACGACGCCCAGCUGGACACCGUGCGGCCCCGCAAGACCGGCCUGUGCAAGCAGGGCAGCAUCGACCUGCCACUGCCCUACACCUACAAGGACUCCUUCCACUUCGACAUCCGCGCCCCCGAGCCUGGCCGCAGGAGGGCCGCCCUUGGGGCUGCGCGCUCCACCUGGACGCCCCCAGACACCGCGCGGCCCCUCUUCUUCCACUCCGUCCCCACCCAGCUCUCUAGCACCGUGGAGUGCGUCCCGGUCACCAGGAGCAACUCGCUGCCUUUUGUUGAGGGCUGCAGGACGUGGCGGGAGCCACUGGGCACCCGGGACGCCUGUCCCAGGACGCAGAAGCCCCUGAGCCCCAGGCUCACCCCCACCAGGCUCGGCUGCCGCUCAGGGCUGACCUGGGCCGAAGUCGCCAGUGGACACCCCCGAGCCCUGGUCAGACAGGCUGCUGUGGAAGACCUGCCAUGGACGUCCCCUGGAGAGGCCCCAGGCCCCACAGAGGACCAGGAUGGAAAGAGAACCGCCCCCGGGGAGGGGGCAGCUGGCAAGGGCAGAGGGGCCAGCAAGAAAUGUGGCCAGAGGAGGCUGAAGCUGUUCUCCCAGGAGAAGUGGCAAGUGUAUGGAAAGGAGACGUUCAAGAGAAUCUACCAGAAAACAAAGGCCAGCCCCCAGGCAGGCAAGAGAGCCAGGGAGGUGAGAGGGGGCAGUGGGACAGAACUGGACCUUCCUCCACAGGAAAAGGCUGCGGCCGUCGAUGACCCUGGGAAUAUCUCCGGAGGAGCCAGGCCAGAGCCCUGGGGAAGCCUGCAGGCCACAGAGGCCUCCUUGGUGCCUGAGCCCCCUAAGCAGAGGGAGACUGAGGCCAGAGAAGGAGACAGUGACCAGCCCAGGGUGGACAGGGCUGUGUCAUCCCCCACACUCAGUGACAGAGAUGUCCCCUAUUUGGGCAGCAAGAACUCUCUGCUUCCUCCAAAUGGGAGGCAGGAACUGGGGCAGCAGCCACCUCCAGCACCUGCCACUUUUAAAGGGGAUAACCUAGAGGCUCCCAGACAGAGUUUGCCAGACCCUGAGCUAGAAGGUGGUACGCAAGGUGGUGGGGGUGUGAAGGAGACCUGUGCCUGGGCACAAACGGUCCUUGUACAGCCCAGUGGUGGCCCCAAGGAAGACCUAUUCCCCUCGGAGAAGAAGAAGCUGAAGGUGGAGGUGCCGGGCAGCUGGGAACCACCAGAGCCAGUGGGGGCAGAGGCCCCAGGGGGAUCUGCACAAGCCACCUCCCAGGAGCAGGAUAUCGACCUGGGGGAGCACCAGAGAACCCGGCAGGCAGGGGAGCCCCUGGAGUCCUCUGGAGCCUCCUCUGGAGUUGCUUCUGUUGUCCCAAAGCAAAUAGGGCUGAAGGACCAGGUGUCCCUGUGGCAUUCUGCAACCAUGGCCCCCGGGCAUCAAACCCCACCAACUUCCCAGCCUCAAGCUCCUGGUGUCCUCACCACUGCAGCAGACAAUGCCUUCUCCCCCAAGUACCUGCUCAGGUUACCUCAGACAGAGCCCCCAUCUCCACUGCCUGUUCCCCAGGGCCCUGGGCAAGGCCAGGGUAUUCUCUGCAGGACUAGGCAGCCUGAGGAAGAGGUAUCCUUUGUUAAAUCAGGCCCUGGGACCUCUCUGUCCCCUGGCCCAGCCUCAGGGGCCCCCAGGGAGACCACCUCUUGCCCACCCACCCCCACAUGUGAGGCCCCCACAGUCCAGGUCAGGGAGGGUGAGACCCAUGUAAUUCAUCACCUCUGUAUGGGCGGUACUCUCCCAAGGGCCAGGCCUUCUGGGGCUGUCUCGAGUCCCUGGGUGCCUAGCUGGGAAUCUGGGGGUGUUCUGGAAGACCCUCUUUCAGGGCCUCUGGCAGGGCUUAGUCCCUGCUGUCCCCUCCAGCCUGGCUCCUUCAUCAGAGCUCAACCCCGGCCCCAGGCUGUGUCCCCCAGCUGGCCCGAGCUGGCCUUGUCUUCCCACUCAGGGACUCCCAGGAGCUGCAGGGCCCAGAGCCCCUUCCCCUCACUGAAGGCUGAGCCCCGGCUUACAUGGUGUUGCUUGAGACGCAGCGUUCCUCUGCCCAUGGAGCAGAAGGGGAAGUUGGCAUCCAUGUACUCGGCCCUGCACUGCCCAGGUGGCAGUCUCCAGGAUGAGGGUCCUGACGCCCUGCCCUCGAACAACAGAGGAUGGGCCCGGAUGAGGCCUGGAGAAGGAAGGCCAGCCCAGAUAUCCAAGCUCUCCUACCCGAUAGUCCCAGGGGUGAUGUCCCAGGACCCAGUGUCUGAGCCAGAAGGGAAGAAAGGACUGCCUCGGAGGAGGGGCAAGAUGUCACGUGGGAGCGGCAAGCAGAGAAAACUGAGGAUCACGGCGAAAAGGUACAAAGGGAGUUUCCUGCAGAGCCGUGUUCAGCUCAGAGCCAGCAGACUGCACAAGCCCACCUGGGCCCCACGGAGAAGCUGCCACCUGCCCCCACUUGAGGGAUUGGACUGGGCAGGACCCUCAGGCAGGACCCUUGGGAAGGCCUCUUCGGAAAUGGCAGGUCUAAAUCCACAAGACGAGCCACCUUGUGCCACUUCAGAAUCGUCCCUGUGUUGUGAGAACAAAGGGAAGAAGGAAGAUGACUGCAGACAGAUCUCAGGACCCUUCUCUCCAAACGCAAGUUCAAGGACUGUCAGGGAAAUAGACAAAUUAACUGUGAAGACUGUUUCUCCAUCUGCCCGUGAGCGUGGUGACUGUUCUCCUCACAACACUGCCGCUGGGUCAGGAUCACCCCCGCCACCUGACACAGGCUUGGCAGUGGCUAACAACAACACCGCACCCCAGAGCAAAGGUCUUGACGCUGGAUUGCUGGAGACUCUGCCACUGUCCUCCCAGGAUCAAGUCUCAGCAGAUCCUGAACGAUGCCUUUUCUCAGAUGCUCCAGAGCCUUCUGCCUGUGGGUCCAAAGGCCCUUUCUCCCACCAGGACAGUGCUGCCAUGUGUAUAUCUCUGGAGGCAAAGGCAGGCCCCGCAGCCACGGUAGGAAUUCACAGUGCAGAGCCACGAGAACACAGCUGGGCUGCAGGGGAGACUCGAGCACAAAGCUCCCCAGGCAGCAAAGCCAUGGCAGAAGGCACAUCACAGGCCCUUUUGCCAGGGACUCUUUCAGCUGCACAAAAUAUUUCAGGUUCUGUUCCAUCAGGGUCAACUGGAAAAUCUCAUCUUGAAAUAGCAGCUUCAGGACCAAGUUCAAGUAGUUCACACCAAGAAGAAGGGAGACAUAAGCUAUUUUUUCCUUCCAGGGUCCAGUCUGGAUGUGGAGAAAUGGCCACCCCCUGUCCCCCUUUAGGAAGUGAUGGUGAGAAGUGUCAACUGUCUGGACCAAUCAUUCCGAAGGGUUCUGUAGAUCCUCCUCAGCCAAGGCAGCCCACAGAAAGCCCCGAAGCCCCUUCUAAAUCUGUUAAGAAGAAGAGUUUGGAAGGCAUGAGAAAGCAAACUUGUGUGGAGUUCAGUGAUGCCAGCAGCGAUGAUGAGGACCGACUGGUUAUAGAAAUAUGA